CUGUGCCGCUGGAGGGGGGACGCGCUCCCCGCGCGGCAGGCGGCUUGGCGGCGUCGCGGGAACCAUGGAGCAGGAGCGCGGCGAGUUGGUGUCUCCCUUCCGCCACAAGACUUCAUCUUUGGAGCGGAUGGAGGAGGAAGAUGAUGACGAUGAGGAUGAUGACUUGGACAUCUUUGGAGGUUAUGACAGCUUCCGAGGCUACAACAGCAGCAUGGGCAGUGACAGCAGCUCAUGCCUGGAUGAGUCCAGUGAUGAUGAGGUGGUGGACCGGGAAGCUGGAGAGCUUCCAACCUCCCCUCUGCACCAGCACCCGCCAUCCACAGGCCGAAUAACAGAGGACAGUGGCUCUGAGCCAGCUGUGUGUGAGAUGUGUGGGAUCGUGGGCACCAGGGAGGCUUUCUUCUCCAAGACCAAACGCUUCUGCAGUGUCUCCUGCUCCAGAAGCUACUCUUCAAACUCCAAGAAGGCCAGCAUCCUGGCCAGGCUGCAGGGGAAGCCACCAACGAAGAAGGCUAAAGUCCUGCACAAGGCAGCCUGGUCUGCCAAGAUUGGGGCCUUCCUCCAUUCGCAGGGUACAGGGCAGCUGGCAGAUGGGACACUGACAGGCCAGGAUGCACUCGUCCUGGGCUUUGACUGGGGAAAGUAUCUGCAGGAGCAUGGCUUCAAGGCAGCUCCCGUCAGCUGCUUCAAACAUGUGCCACUCUUUGAUCAGUGGGACGAUGUGGUGAAAGGUAUGAAAGUAGAAGUGCUGAACAGUGAUGCUGUGCUUCCCAGCCGAGUAUACUGGAUUGCCUCUGUCAUCCAGACUGCAGGGUACAGGGCCCUUCUGCGGUAUGAGGGCUUUGAGAAUGAUGCCGGCCACGAUUUCUGGUGUAAUUUGGGCACAGUGGAUAUUCAUCCCAUUGGCUGGUGUGCCAUCAACAGCAAAAUCCUGGUUCCGCCACAGAGCAUCCAUGCCAAGUACACUGACUGGAGGGGUUACCUCAUGAAAAAGCUGGUGGGAGCCAGGACCAUCCCUGUGGAUUUCCACAUCAAGAUGGCGGAGAGCAUGAAGUAUUCGUUCCGGCAAGGCAUGCGUGUGGAGGUGGUGGACAAGAACCAUGUGUCCCGGACACGCAUGGCGGUGGUGGACACAGUGAUUGGGGGCCGGCUGAGGCUUCUCUACGAGGAUGGUGACAGUGAUGACGACUUCUGGUGCCACAUGUGGAGCCCUCUCAUCCAUCCUGUGGGCUGGUCACGGAGGGUGGGCCACAGCAUGAAGAAGACAGAAGAAAAGCGCAGUGACAUGGCAAACCAUCCCACUUUCCGGAAGAUUUACUGUGAUGCUGUUCCCUAUCUCUUCAAGAAGGUACGAGCUGUCUAUGCUGAAGGUGGGUGGUUUGAGGAAGGCAUGAAACUGGAGGCCAUCGACCCCCUCAACCUGGGCAACAUUUGCGUGGCCACUGUUUGUAAGGUCCUCUUGGAUGGGUAUCUUAUGAUCAGCAUUGAUGGAGCCACAUCUGCAGAUGGCUCUGACUGGUUCUGCUACCAUGCCUCUUCACAUGCCAUCUUCCCCGUCAACUUCUGCCAGAAGAACAGUAUUGACCUGACCCCUCCAAAAGGGCAAGAUGCAAAGACCUUCAACUGGGAGAGUUACCUGGAAAGGACAAAGUCAAAACCUGUCCCAGCACGACUCUUCAACACGGACUGCCCAAACCAUGGCUUCAAGGCAGGCAUGAAAGUAGAAGCUGUGGACUUGAUGGAGCCCCGGCUCAUCUGCGUGGCCACAGUGAAGCGUGUGGUCCACCGUCUCCUCAGCAUUCAUUUUGAUGGCUGGGACAGUGAAUAUGACCAGUGGGUGGACUGCGAGUCUCCAGACAUUUAUCCUGUGGGAUGGUGUGAGCUGACGGGUUACCAGCUUCAACCACCUGUUGCUGCAGAGCCCACAACUCCAGUGAAGGCCAAGGAGGUGCCCAAGAAGAAGAAGAAACCCUAUGGAAAGAAGAGAAAAAAGAUACCUACGAAAACCCGCACCAUCAAGCAGACCGUCAAGAAGCCUCCCGGCCCGAAGGCAAAACGAGAAGCGAAAGCUGCCAGCAAGGCUUUGCCGGAGCCAGCGCCCGAUGAGAUCAUUGCUGUGCAGGUAAAAGAGGAAACCAUCGACCCCUCCAUGGCAGAAUUUGGAGUCUCAGAGCUUCCCAUUCCUGUCAGCAGCAUAAAGCAGGAGGUCGCAGACUGAACCUAGAGCGUACCGCAGCUGUCCUCAGCUGCCUGGGCUUCACCUUGUGGCUCCUUGUGAAAGGCCCUGACAAAAUGGAGCAGGAGACCAAAAGGGUCCUCCCUUGUCAAGGCAGAUCACCUUGCAACAUCGCAGCUCUGCUUUCUUGGUGUGCAAGAGGAUUUCUCCUAGACUUGGAAUUUUAAGUGCUGGGAAAUGGACUCCAGAAAGGCAGCAGGCUUAUUGACAAACAUGACCGGAGCAACUGCUGAGGUGGUGUGUGCCUGGUGCUAAAGUCGUGUUUCUGAGUGGGAUACCCCAGUGAGGCUGCCACGGCACAGAAGGGCGGUUUGGGAUAUCAGCUGUGGCUGGAGGUGGUGAGCUGCAAUCUGCAAAGCUGUGUGCAAGUCCUGUGGGUCAGGAAAUCAGCUGCUGUCAUCAAAGGACAUCCGUGCUGUGCCCCCACUCUAGGCCAUGCAACUCCUGAGAGAGCUGGGAUAGGAAGAGCAAAAGGAGGUAAAAAGCGGAGAAAAAGGAAGAAUGAUGACUCUUGGGGGAGUGAGAGACUUUUUCGAUUAACAUAAUUUCUUGCUGUUGACCCCAGAAGUACAGAGCACAUGAUGCACAGUUUGAAUUUUUUUCUUUUUUAGCAGGCCCUUUGUAAAUUUGACCAAUGAUCUGUACCCUAAAACCCUGUGGAUUAAACUGAGAAAGAGGCCAAA